GCAGGUUUUCAUUGAGCUGUUGGCUGUUAUCUUUGUCAGCUGGGGCGUUAUUUAUUUAUUUUUUCUUCUUCUCACAAAUGAAGCAGAAAACUUCAGAAACUGGAGGAUCAGACAUGCUGCAAACUUUUUGCAUCCUUUUACCUGAAAGCGAACCGUGUGUUUGAUGCAUGAUGGUGGUGAGCACUGAUGGAGCCUCCAGCAGCUGGUUGUCAUGUAAAUCAAUAACCUGAGCAGAGGCAAGAUGAAGCUCAACAUAUUGACACGGCCAUUACACUGGGGCCUCCUGCUACUUUGUAUUGGCUUCUGCAGCCAGCUAGUGUCCACUGGCAACCAAAGCUCCCGAGGACAGACAGGGUCAGAGCAGGAGAGGACAGGGACUUGUGAAGUGGUUGCUGCUCAUCGUUGCUGCAAUAAGAACAAGAUUGAAGAACGCUCUCAAACAGUCAAGUGCUCCUGCUUCCCAGGACAGGUAGCAGGGACAACAAGGGCUCUGCCCUCUUGUGUUGAAGCCUCCAUUGUGCGUCAAAAGUGGUGGUGUAAAAUGGAGCCGUGUCUUGAGGGGGAGGAGUGUCGAGUUCUCCCUGACCUCACUGGCUGGUCAUGCAUCUCUGGGAACAAAAUAAAGACCACUAAGGUGGCGCGGUAGCAAAAGAGAAGCUCCAUCUAAUCAGCACCAGCCCGACACGGGCAUGCAGCAUUCACCUUAACUAACUCUGGACUCUGAGGACAGUGAACGCCC